AUGGCUCUAACAAAGCACCAACACAGCAGAAAACCCGACGCAUUCACAAACCCCCGCGGCAUCCCUUACGCCCCCUUCGUCGACAAUGUAUCCGACUACUGCACCACCCGCGCAGAAGUCGAACCAACCCUAAAGUCCUUCUCCGAAAUGAUUCAAAAGUACCAAUUCAUGGAGGUAAACACAUCGCGACGCGCCGCUGGCCUGCGCGAAAAGAUUCCCGACAUCUCAAAGACGUUAGACACGGUGCGCUUCCUCAAGAGUAGAGGUGAAGAUGCGGAAGAGUUGGAGAGUUAUUUUGAGCUCAAUGAUACGCUGUUUGCUAAGGCCAAGGUGCCAAAGACGGAGGAGGUGUAUUUGUGGUUGGGUGCGAAUGUUAUGUUGGCGUAUCCUAUGGAGGAGGCGGAAGAGCUUUUGGAGGGCAAGUUGCAGGCUGCGAAGAGUGGAUUGGAGAAUGCAGAGGAGGAUAUGGAUUUCUUGAGAGAGCAGAUCACGACACUCGAGGUCGCUACUGCUCGUGUCUACAACUGGGACGUUGGCAUGCGCAGAAAGGAAAAGGCUGAAGGCAAGACCUCCGACUGA